AUGACUGUGUUCUUUAAAACUCUUCGAAAUCACUGGAAGAAAACCACAGCUGGGCUCUGCCUGCUGACAUGGGGAAGCCACUGGCUGUAUGGAAAACACUGUGAUAACCUGCUAAGGAGAGCAGCCUGUCAAGAAGCUCAGGUGUUUGGCAAUCAGCUCAUUCCUCCCAAUGCACAAGUGAAGAAGGCAACUGUCUUUCUCAAUCCUGCAGCUUGCAAAGGCAAAGCUAGGACGCUAUUUGAAAAAAAUGCUGCCCCAAUUUUACAUUUAUCUGGCAUGGAUGUGACUGUCGUUAAGACAGAUUAUGAGGGACAGGCAAAGAAACUCCUGGAGCUGAUGGAAAGCACAGAUAUGAUCAUUGUUGCCGGAGGGGAUGGGACCCUACAGGAGGUUAUUACGGGAGUUCUUCGAAGAACAGAUGAGGCUACCUUCAGUAAGAUUCCCAUUGGAUUUAUCCCACUGGGACAGAACAGUAGUUUGAGUCAUACCCUGUUUGCCGAAAGUGGAAACAAAGUCCAAUAUAUUACAGACGCCACGCUUGCCAUUGUGAAGGGAGAGACCAUUCCACUUGAUGUCCUGCAGAUCAAGGGUGAAAAGGAGCAGCCCGUGUUUGCGAUGACUGGCCUUCGAUGGGGAUCCUUCAGAGAUGCUGGCGUCAAAGUUAGCAAGUACUGGUAUCUUGGGCCUUUCAAAACCAAAGCAGCCCACUUUUUCAGCACUCUUCAGGAGUGGCCCCAGACUCAUCAAGCCUCCAUCUCAUACACGGGGCCUACAGAGAGGCCUCCCAGCGAGCCAGAGGAGACCCCUCCCCGGCCUCCUCUGUACAGGAGAAUCCUCCGCAGGCUGGCCUCGUACUGGGCACAGCCGCAGGACGCUCACUCCCAGGAGGUGAGCCCAGAGGUCUGGAAAGACGUACAGCUGUCCACCAUCGAGCUGUCCAUCACCACCCGGAACAGCCAGCUCGACCUGACGAGCAAAGAAGACUUUAUGAACAUCUGCAUCGAACCUGACACUGUCAGCAAAGGAGAUUUCAUAACCAUAGGAAGCAGGAAGGUGAGAGACCCCAAGCUGCGCGCCAAUGGCACCCAGUGUCUCCAAGCCAGCCGCUGCACCCUGCUGCUUCCUGAGGGCGGCGGGGGUGCCUUCAGCAUCGACAGCGAGGAGUACGAGGCGAUGCCUGUGGAGGUGAAGCUGCUCCCCAGGAAGCUGCAGUUCUUCUGCGACCCCCGGAAGCGAGAGCAGCUGCUGCAGAGCCCGGCGCAGUGAGCCGCAGAGGCGCGGGCGCUCCCGGCCCGCACUUUAAGCCACCCGCUGGACCAAAAGGGAACAGAGGACCCCAAGGGCAUUUGCACCGCAAGUUCCCCCCACCCCAGCGGUGCGGCCCACGCUCCCCUGCCGCCGCGUGCCCGCGCUCAUUUCCGGGGAGCAGUCCGUCCCUCCUAGGGACUUCCUCAGACGGUGGGGAGCCGGGUCCUGGGCCUGCCCGGGCGCCGCAGCCCCGCUGUGCUCCGUGACCGUCCUCGGGCCUUCCCAGGCUUGUCCGCCCCUGCCAGGGCUCCUUCCCCACUGCUGCUGGUCCGAGUUCGGUGCUCACCCCGCUCGUUCCCGUUUUGUCCUCCAUCCACAGCAAAUGUCGUCCUCCUUCAACCAUAGCUAAACUAUCGUCAAGUGCUAUUUUUUUAAAAAGCAGUGCUUUUUCACUGUUGUGCAUGAGAACCCGCUGGGUGUGAUGCAUGUCGACAACUUGGGACCUCCACCAAACCGCUCCGCCUGCCGUGGGGCCCAGGACUCUCCCCAAGGGAGUCUCAAAGGGGUCCCUCGUGGUUUAAAGCAGCGCUCCACAAAUGCUUCUGCCCGUGUUUUCCCCAAAAGUACUGUGAAAAAAUCAUGUGUCCCCCUCACAUCUUCAUCUUUCAUUGGAAGUUAAAUAGUUGCCAAAGUAUGUACUUUGUAGUGUUGUGUAAAUAUUGAUGUUUUCAAAUAAACUGUUACAGCCCUCUUCUAAACA